AGCCGAGUACAUAAGGGUUGGGGCUGCUUUCUCCAGUUACCCAUUCUUUAUUCCUCAGCCACCUCCUAAUUCCUGCAGCCCUUCCGCCAACGCGUGUACACCACUUUAAGCUGCAAACAUGCCCAUGACACAGUAUCUCGCAGAAGCAGACAUCAAAUCAGCUCUUGCUGCUUUCCAGACUCCUGGAAGCUUCGAUCACAAGAAGUUCUUCACUAUGGUGGGUCUGAAGAAGAAGAGUAGUGAGGAUGUGAAGAAAGUCUUUGAGAUCCUUGACCAAGAUAGGAGUGGCUUCAUUGAAGAGGAUGAGCUUAGAUGUGUGCUAAAGGGCUUUCAUGCGAAUGGAAGAGAACUCUCUGACAGCGAAACCAAGGCUUUGCUUGCAGCUGGAGAUGAGGAUCACGAUGGUAAAAUUGGAGCAGAUGAAUUUGCAAAGCUGGUGGCUCAAGCAUAA